AUGGAGACUGGAGACACUGGGGUUUUACAGGAAAGAAUAGCCCAGUGGAAACAUCUCCGUAAAAAACAUUUUAAGCUUGAGAAAAUCAAGACAACUUCAAAAGGUCCAAGCGCAAAAGAGCUCCCACCAGGCCAUAUUCGACAAAUUAUGACAUCUCACGGAAAUAUGAGUCAUGAUAAAUUUGCAGGACAGAAACGUUUAUACAUUGGAGCACUGAAAUACGCUCCACAUGCAGUUUUAAAAUUUCUCGAAAAUAUGCCAAUGCCUUGGGAAGAAUUACGAAAAGUUCGCGUUUUAUAUCACACAGCAGGCGCGCUUACAUUUGUUAAUGAAGUUCCUCGUGUUGUACCACCUCAAUAUUUAGCUCAAUGGGCUGAAACAUGGAUUGCAAUGAGAAGAGAGAAAAGGGAUCGUCAUCAGAUCCGCCGUUUACGUUUCCCGCCAUUUGAUGAUGAAGAGCAACCCCUUGAUUUCGUUACAAACAUCGAAGGAGUGGAGCCUCCAGAAGCAAUUUUAAUGGAACUCGAUGAAGACGAAGAUGCGGCUGUUUACGAAUGGUUUUACGACUACUUAGGCUUACCAUCCCAAUACAUUAAUGGUUUAUCCUACAGGAAAUGGAAAUUACCUCUUACUGUUAUGUCUACACUAUAUCGACUUGCAAGACCACUUGUUGAUCAAUACGAAGAUCCGAACUCGAAGUAUCUCAUCGAUCUACCAUCAUUAUUUACUUCAAAAGCCUUAAAUGAAGUAAUUCCAGGUGGUCCAAGGUUCGAACCACUCUUUACAGACGUCGAUCCUAAUCAGGAAUGGACCGAAUUCAACGACAUCAACAAAAUCAUCAUCAGAACUCCGAUUUCUACAGAAUGGAAAAUAGCAUAUCCGAAUUUAUACAAUAACAGACCACGCAAGAUCUCAAUUGCUCCAUACCAUUAUCCACUUUCAUGUUUCGCCAAAUACAAUACCAUUAUUACACCAGUUUUCCAGUUAGCUCCAAAUCUUUCUUCAAUUUCACGACCACGUGCGAACAACAACCCAGAACAAGCAUCAGAAGAAGAUCUCCAGCCAUUCACUGUUAAUUGUGAUCCUUUGUUCAACGAUCUCGAUCACGAAUCCGAAGAAAAACAAUUCAAAAUUUUUGACACUUUGUCACUUUUUUGGGCUCCAUCACCCUUUAACUGCCGAACAGGUAAUACACAAAGAGCGCAAGAUGUACCACUUAUCAGGCCAUGGUACACACAGCGCGCUCCUUGGAAACAGCCUGUCAAAGUCAGAGUAUCUUAUCAGAAAUUGCUGAAGAACUACGUAUUGAACAGAUCUCAUCACAGGAAGCAAUACGUUGUAAGGCGUAGGAAGACAAUCACAAAGAUCUUCAAAACCACGCCUUAUUUCCAGUCAACGACAUUAGAUUGGGUCGAAGCCGGUCUACAAGUUGUCCAACAAGGCUACAACAUGUGUAACUUGUUGAUCAAACGCCAUAGACUUGUUUUCCUCCAUCUCGACUACAAUUUCAACUUGAAACCGAUAAAAACCUUGAAUACAAAGGAAAGACGUAAAUCAAGGUUUGGCAACGCUUACCAUCUCAUGCGUGAAUUCUUCAGAUUCACCAAACUGUUACUCGAUUGCCACAUACAGUACAGACUUGGCCAAAUCGAUGCUUAUGUUCUUGCCGAUGCUUUGCAAUACGUUUUCUCACAUGCAGGACAUUUGACAGGAAUGUACAGGUACAAAUACAAACUCAUGCAUCAAGUCAGAACAUGCAAAGACUUGAAACAUGUUUUGUAUUCAAGAUUCAACACAGGCGAAGUUGGAAAAGGCCCUGGAGUUGGAUUUUGGGGUCCAAUGUGGCGUGUUUGGGUCUUUUUCAUGAGAGGAUCCAUUCCUUUGAUGGAGAGAUGGCUUGGCAGCAGAGUUGCAAGAGAAUACGAAGGAAGAUUCUCUAAAAGAUUGCCAUCGACUGUCACAAAACAACGCGUUGAAAGUAAUUACGAUAUCGAAUUACGCGCAUCAGUUUUACAUGAUAUAACUGAUACGAUGCCUGAAGGAAUCAGAAACGCCAAAGCACACACAGUAUUAGCACAUAUGAGUGAAGCAUGGCGUUGCUGGAAAGCGAACAUUCCAUGGAAAGUUCCUGGCCUUCCUCCGCCUUUGGAAGCCAUCAUUUUGAGAUACGUCAAAGCAAAAGCGGACUGGUGGACGAAGAACGCGCAUUACGCGAGAGAAAGAAUCGCAAGAGAUGGAACAGUCGACAAAGCAAUCACAAGAAAGAACACAGGAAGAUUGACAAGGCUCUAUUUGAAGCAACAAAGCGAUUACCAAGCGAAUUACCUCAAAGAAGGUCCUUACAUCACUCCUGAACAAGGUGUUGCGAUGUUGACAACAAUGCAGAAUUGGUUGGAAAUGAGACAAUUCACGCCAAUUCCGUUCCCACCAAUGCAAUACAAACAUGACACAAAAAUGCUCAUUUUGGCUCUCGAAAACAUGAGAUUUGGUCAUGAUGUAUCAAUGAGAAUGAACCAGACAUUGCGUGAAGAACUCGGUUUGAUCGAAAACGCUCAUGAUAAUCCACAUGAAGCGUUGAUCAGAAUCAAAAGAGAUUUCAUGACAGCGAGAGCGUUUCGUGAAGUAAAAUUCACGUUUUUGGAACAUUACACACGUGUUAUUCCGAACUACGAAAUCUACGCUCUCGAGAAGAUGACUGAUGCUUACUUGGACCAGUAUCUUUGGUACGAAGCAGACAGAAGACAUCUUUUCCCUCCAUGGGUUCAGCCAAGCGAUUUGAUUCCUCCGCCAGUUUUAGUUCACAAAUGGUGCGAAAGAAUCAACUCUUUAGUCGACGCAUGGAACACAGAAGAUGGACAAACAAUGGUUCUCGUUGAAACAAGCCUUGAAAAGUUCUACGAACAAAUUGAUUUGACAUUUCUCAAUUACAUGUUGAGAUUGGUCGUCGACCACAAUUUGGCUGAUUACAUGACAUCAAAGAACAAUGUCAAGAUCUCUUUCAAAGACAUGUCUUAUUUGAACGGUGUUGGAUUAAUUCACGGUCUUCAGUUCACUUCUUUCAUUGCUCAAUACAUGGGAUUGCUAGUUGAUUUGCUGAUCCUUGGUUUGAGAAGAGCAAAUGAAAUGUGUGGACCUCCUUCAAUGCCAAACUCUCUUUUCCAGUUCGCGUCAAUCGAAGACGAAAUCAGACAUCCAAUAAGAAUGUAUCAAAGAUACGCAACAAGAAUCCACAUUCUCUACAAAUUUAAUGCGGAACAAGCAAGAGAUUUGAUCAGAGAUUAUUGCGAUGUCAACUCAAAUAAUAACGAUGAAAUGUUGGGCUACAAUAAUAAAACAUGUUGGCCAAAGGACGCAAGAAUGAGAUUGAUCAAACACGAUGUAAAUCUCGGAAGAGCGGUUUUCUGGGAUUUACAAAACCGUUUGCCAAGAUCGUUAUGUGAAGUGAACUGGAAUUCGAGUGAAAACAGUGCAAGUGGAUUCCAUCAAAGUUUCGCAUCCGUUUAUUCGAAAGACAACCCGAAUUUGCUCUUUUAUAUGUGUGGAUUCGAAGUCAGAAUUCUUCCAAAGAUCAGAUUGGAGCGCGAAGACUUUACUCCACAGGAAGGAACAUGGGUUUUGCAGAACGAAAUCACCCAUGAAACAACAGCUUUCGUUUUCUUGAGAGUUUCUGAGAAAUCGAUAACUUAUUUCAGAAACAGAGUCAGAACGAUUUUGCUCAGUUCCCAAGCAACGACAUUCAUGAAAGUAUCCAAUAAAUGGAACACAGCAAUCAUUGCUUUGGUUGUUUACUUCAGAGAAGCUUUAGUUGCAACACCAGAACUGAUUGACGAAAUCGUGAAAUGCGAAAACAGAGUUCAAACACGUGUAAAACUCGGAUUGAACUCAAAAAUGCCGAACAGAUUCCCUCCUGUUGUUUUCUACGCUCCAAAAGAAUUUGGUGGCCUUGGAUUGAUAUCAAUGGGACAUGUCUUAAUCCCACAAUCAGAUCUGAGAUACGCCACACAAACAAUGGCAGAAACAACUCAUUUCAGGGACGGAAUGGAUCAUCCUGAAGAAAAUUUCAUUCCCGCUUUGUACAGGUACGUUCAAAGCUGGGAAGGCGAAAUCGAGGAUUCUAAAAGAGUCUGGCAGCACUACACAAACAUGAGGAAAGAAGCCGGUGCUCUCAACAAGAAGAUCACAAUUGAAGACCUCGAUUCUCUUUGGGACAGAGGAAUUCCUCGCAUCAAUGUUCUCUUCCAAAGAGACAGACACACAUUGGCUUACGACAAAGGAUGGCGUACACGUCUUUAUUUCAAGAAAUACAGCUUGUUUAAGACGAAUCCUUACGCAUGGACACAUCACCACCACGAUGGAAAGCUUUGGAACUUGAAAGACUACAGAGCAGAUGUCAUUCAAGCACUUGGAGGUGUCGAAGGCAUCUUAAGUCAUUCGAUUUUCAAAGCAACAGGUUACAAACACUGGGAAGGUUUGUUCUGGGAUAAUACAACAGGAUUUGAAGAAGCCUUGAAGUACAGGAAACUUACAAAUGCUCAAAGACAAGGCAUGAGUCAAGUUCCUAACAGAAGAUACACAUUGUGGUGGUCACCAACAAUAAACAGAGCAAAUGUUUAUGUUGGUUUCCAAGUACAAUUGGAUUUAACUGGUAUUUUCAUGCACGGAAAAAUCCCAUCUCUUAAGGUUUCUUUGAUUCAAUUGUUUAGAGGCCACAUGUGGCAGAAAACACAUGAAUCAAUUGUCAUGGACGUCAUGCAAGUGUUGGACAGCCAUUUGAGCCAAUUACAAAUCGAUUACAUCACGAAGGAAACAAUUCAUCCAAGGAAAUCAUAUAAAAUGAAUUCUUCCUGCGCGGAUUUAAUCAUGAUCUCCCAGAACAAAUGGCCAUCGACAGAACCAUGUUUCGUCAAUGAAACAAAGACAUUCCACGGUGAAUUCUUGACAACAAGGUUCUGGGUCGAUAUACAAUUGAGAUGGGGAGAUUACGACAUGCAUGAUAUCGAGAGAUACACGAGAUCUUUGUUCUACGCGUACACAAGUGGAACACAAUCGAUGUAUCCAAGUUCUACUGGUAUCAUAAUUGGCGUUGACUUGUGUUACAACGAAUGGACGGCUUUCGGAACAUGGAUUCCUGGUUUGCAAGAAUUAAUUGACAAAGCAAUGAAACACGUCUUGCAAUUCAAUCCUUCGAUAUCCGUGUUGAGAGAAAGAGUCAAGAAAUCGUUGCAACUCUACACAAGCGAAAUCCCUGAGCCAGCAUUGAAUUCCACGAACUUUGGCGAGUUGUUUGGAAACAAAAUAACAUGGAUUGUUGAAGACAAACACGUUUACAGAGUGAAAAUCCAGAAAACAUUCGAAGGAAACUAUACAACGUCACCUGUAAACGGAGGUGUCUUCAUAAUGAAUCCAGCAACAGGACAAUUGUUCUUAAAGAUCAUUACAACAAAGGCAUGGCAACAACAGAAGAGAUUGCAGCAAUUGGCCAAAUGGAAAGCUGCUGAAGAAACAUGCGCUUUAGUAAGAACUUUGCCACCAGAAGAACAACCGAAACAAGUAAUUUGUACAUCAGAAUUAUUACUUGAUCCCGUCCAAAGUUAUUUGUCAGAGUUUCCAAACACAGUUGUCAAAGGAUCAGACAUGGAUUUGCCUCUCCCAGCUUUCAUGAAAAUCCCGAAAAUUGCAGAAGAAGUCAUCCACGCUCCAGAGCCAAAAAUGGUCCUUUACAACCUUUACGAUGAUUGGUUGGACACUGUUUCUCCUCAUGCUGCUUUCAGAAGAUUAAUGUUGAUUUUAAGAGCAUUGUUAAUGGAAAGAAUGAAAGCAUGGGAUAUCUUGAGACCUUCCGCGAAUGUUGUCACUCAACAGAACCAUCUCUGGCCAACACACAGCGCUGAUGAAUGGGCUGAAGUCGAAAUCAGACUCAAAGAUCUCGUCAUCGAUAUCUAUUGCCAAAGAAAUAAUGUUUCUGCAAACAGUUUGACACAAUCCGAAAUUAGAGACAUAAUUUUAGGUGUCAAAAUCGCUGCUCCUUCAGAAGAAAGACAACAAAUGGCAAAGGAAGUCGAAGAAGAAGACAAAGCAGCUCUUAAGACUGUAACAACAGCUACAAGAGAUGCAGAUGGAAACCAACACAUCAUUCAGACAUUUUCUCAAUACGAACAACAGCAAUUUAAGUCUAAAAGUGAUUGGAGAUCUCGUGCUUUGACAAGUAGAGGCCUUGUAAUGAGAGCAAACACUUUGAUGAUUCCUCCGCCUGUUGUCAAACCAAAACUCGAAUUGAUAAUUCCUGAAAACAUUUACAGAAGAUUUGUCGAAAUUUCCGAUCCUUACAUGCAAAUUUGUGGAUUUUUGUUUGGUGUCAAAAUGAAUGACACACUACAAGUCAUUUCCAUUGUUAUUCCUCCUCAAAACGGAGAUCGCGAUGAAAUUGACUUCAAACAGAUCCUUCCUAAUCACGACUUCUUGGAUGGAGCAAGUCCAAUUGGAUUUAUCCACACAAGAGUUGGAGAAAACAGUUCCCUUGAACCUAGUGAUGCAAAAGUCCUCGCAAGUCUUUGCAAGAAAAAUCCGAAAAUUGAUUCCGACAACUUUGCAAAUGUUGUUAUUUCAUUCCCUGUUGGCGGAUGCAUCAUGGCUGCAUCGACAUUGAGUAGAGAAGGAUUCGAAUGGGCAGAAACAAACAUCGGAAUGGACAAUCCAAAGGAUUUCGAUGACAACUUUGCAAAAGUUCUUGGAAUAUCAAUAACAAACGAAAUAAAUGGCUGGAUGAUGGCUCCAGAGAACGGAAUAUGGAACUAUUCAUUCAAUUCAUUGAGAUUGCAGUCAGUUCCAGAUAAUUACCCUAUUUCUGUGCAGAAUCCAAAGACUUUCUUCGACAUGUAUCAUCGCGUUCAACAUUUCACUUCAUUCAAGAGAGAAAUGAAUGGAGAAGAACUAUCAAUUGAUGUUGACAAUAAUUUCAUUUAA